AUGGAAAAAUUCAAGAAACUCCACCCGCCAUCAUUCUCCAAGGUCAAAUUAGACUCGCUACAACCUGAGAGAUGGAUCAGUGCCCUGGGAAAGGCAUUCAAAGUACUGGAAUGCACCAAUGCCCAGAAGUUUAUAUGCAUUGGGUACCAGUUGCAAAACAAAGCCGAAGCCUGGUGGAAGUCAACUCGACCAAAUCUUAAAGCAACUCAUCCCGACCCAACUUGGGAUCAGUUCAAAGAGGUUUUCUUUAAGAACUAUUUCCCAGAGAGCCUCAGAGAUAGAAAGGAAGUAGAGUUCUCCACCCUCACACAAAGGUCAAAGAUAGUACUGGAUUACCAACAACAAUUCAAGGACCUGCUCCAUUUUGCACCAGAACAUCUGAGGAAUGAGGCAAGCAAGACUAAGAAAUUUGAGAAAGGACUUAAACCUGAGAUUAGAGCUAUGUUGUCCAUCACGGAGAUUGAAACCUAUGCUUAG